AAUCUUUAAUCUUCCAACGCCUCAGUUUAUUUCAUGUUAGUAUUCCAAUCACUUGCUAUAAAAAGGUGUUCAUGGUGCAUAUAAACCACUUUUUAAAAAAACAUGAAGGAGCCCAACUGAAUUAAUCGGGAGACAGAAUUGUACAUUUGAAGUUUUUAAAAUACAUCGAUACACGUUUCUUAUGCCUAAAGCAAUUCAAAGUCUGCUGUAAGUAUAGGACAUGUGCAAUGGUUCGCAAGUAUCUAAUAUUAAAAGCUGUUUUGUAUUUUUUUUCAUCAGCAAUUGAAGCUGCUACCACAGCGCACUAAACCAAAACGGGCAAGUUCCCCUAUUUUUAAAAGAGAACACUCAUCAUGCGUGUUUCCUGUGAUGCAAUCGCUUCAUUAGCUGUGUCAAUGUGAUGAUUGUGAACACUGUAAUGUAAGCUAGAAGGAGGCAAGAAUGUUCGGCUCCCAUUUGGAAAAGAAGUCCAUAUCCAAGAGGCUGGUCCUCUCCCAGUCUAGUUUGUCAAUGAUCGUUCUCAUGGCUUUGUCUUGCAGUGUUUUCUUACUGCACCAGGUUAGCACGUUAAGAGAAGAGCUGCAGAAACUCAACAAGGAAAUUCAUAUGUACCUAAACCACGAGCCUGCAACAGAGCAGAACCCAACAGUGCAUGCAAGGGAACCGAAAUUGGUGCCAAGCAGUUCAAGCAGUUUUGAAAAGAUACAGCAAUAUCAGACACUGAACUCCCUGAUAAGAACGAGGAGAGAAGCGAAAGGUUCCACAAAACAUCAGUCGUUCAUGCAGCUGGAAGCUGUAAAAGAUGCAGAGCCAAUUCAGAAAGGUGAUAUAACCAUCAUUCCCUGGGCAGUCACGGUUGAAAGGGGGGAAAGCCUGACUACAGCUGAUAAUAAAAUGAUUGUACAAGAAGAUGGUUAUUACAUGGUGUAUGGCCAGGUUUUGUUCCUGAAUCCCGGGAUUCAGGAUAUAAUGGGUUAUCUUAUCCAGAGGAGAAGAUCCAACGUAGUCGGGACAGAGCAGAGAUACACAAACCUGCUUCUCUGUGUGCAGGAAAUGCCAAAGGAAAGAAGCACCAACUCCUGCUACACUGCAGGUAUGACUGGACCCGGGCUCAUGCUCCUAUUCAAGCAGCACUGCAAACCCUGGAGCAGUCCCAUCAGAGACCGUCGGGGCAGCCCUGUAUAUAUAUGCAGUUAUUUCUCUCAUUCUUUUCUCUCUUUUCAUCAGGUGUAGUGAAACUGGACCAAGGGGACGAGCUGGAGUUGGUAAUCCCCGACCGACCGAACGCUAAAAUCUCCAUGGAUGCCGACUCCACAUUUUUUGGCGUUAUACAACUCCUGUAAAUUACUCUGGAUUAGGGACCUGCCACACACUGGCUGGCCAGUGCAGUAAUAGUAUUCAUACUUUGGUGUUAAAGCUUCUGUCUCUGUCUCUGUCUGUUUUAGUUUUAUAUUUUAUUUUAUAUUUAUAUAUAGACCCUUUCAAUACAGAAAUUGCUACUAAGUUAUAAAUGGUAAAUACUGCAUGGAUUUAUUAAACUUUUAUCAACAGAUAUAAACCUGAACUGAAUGUACUCUAACAUGAUUACUGAAAGUGCAAUAUGUGUUGGUUUCUUGUUGUUAUAUUUGUAUAAAACGUACCCUUCCUAUUGAUUUUUGUAUAAACUCUAAGUAUACUGGCAUCAGAUUACUCUUGUAAAAGAGGUAGCUACCUCAUUAUUUUUCUUGAUCCUGGUGAAAAAACAAUGUAAUAAAAAGCAAAAGCAUGGGCUGUUUCUUUCUUGAUGGUUUUGCUAGUGCCAACGUUGACAGGUUGUUUAAGUUGUCUGUUUCGGCUCCUAUUGUGUAAAGAGCCGUGGUCUCGCUGACGCCCUGCGGCAUUGCUCUGUUUAGACACGGGCAGGACUACAGACUGUGGCUGUAUUAUUCCAUGUGAACGCUCCCUCCCUGUCACUGUGCACUUCACACCCGCAUCUGUACAGGUAUGAAGACUCAAACACCAGCCUGCUUGGAAACAAUGCGACACUGGACCCCAAUCAAAACAUUUUAAGGACUGUUAAUGUUAUUUUAAAAAGUGUUUAAAAACAUUCUCUGUAACAGUGCUUUGUAAAUUGAAAAUGCUUUGUAAACAUUUAUUUUUAUUUAUUUAUUUUCCACUUGCACUCGAAUGAAUCACGUGCUGAAUUAAAAAUGUAAUAAACAUAUACACAAAGGAGUACUGGACUUCUUUCACUAAA